UUCAUUCAAAUCAUUUAAAUUUUCUGUUGGUAGAGGAAAGUUGCUUUUUUUGUUAUCAAAAUUUCCACUCUGGCAGCCAAUGCAAAUAUGCAGGAUCCAAGCGAGGAAAUGCUGGAUCGCCACUUCCGACAGCAAGUAGCCCGGUUCCAGGAUGUGUUCCAUAAUAAGGCCUGUCCCUCUGAUCGCCUAAUUAUGGCAAGUUGGAUGAAGGUCUUUGAAGCUGUGCCGCUCAACCAGAAGUUGGCCCGAAACGGUCUGAUGCUACUGAUCCACGCCCAUCUGAAGGACUUUGGAAACCUUCGAGCUCCGUUUACGGAUGUACGAAACUGCAAAAAGGAUCUCAACGGGUUACUAGACAGCUACCGGGGAAUUACAGAGACGGGUUGCAAGGACAAAUCAUCCUCACUCCUUUCACAGAAGACCAUUCCCAGCACGCCUUUACCCAAGGAGCAGCACCGAUUGAUGAAAAGGAAUAAUUCUACCAGUCAGCCACAUCGGAUGCAGUUCCACUCCCGUGUCUUGGAACCUAUCAUGGAAGAUACGGAGCCCUCGGAAAUGGCUCCCUCUACCAGUAGACACGGAGCAUCGCUAAUCGGGACGAAGAGCUUCGCCAAACAGUCCCCAGGCGAGUGCUCAGGUAUCCAAAGGCCCUAUCUACGCUUCAGUCCUGCAAAGACACAAAAUAACCAAAGUGUAAGGCAGAAGAUCUUAGUUUUCGAAAAGAAGAAGCCACUUGUUAAAAAAUCAGCUCCAAUGGCAAGUGUAAAAUUGGCAAUUCACCCUAACGAGGAUACAACUAGGCGUGCCCCAUCCUCAGAGCUGCCAUUACCAGAGCAAGAUCCCAAGAAACCCCAUAUCCCAACCCAUUUAACCAGACGACCGAGUGCUGUGAGAAAUUUGAAAAAUUGCUUUCAAGAAAUGGCGGAACGCGUUAGAGAUCCUUCUGAAAAUAGUCAGACACCUUUCUUUAAAACUAAAGCUCCAACUCCAGCACCGCCAAAAAAAGUAGCUUUUGCUACAAGGGACUCGGCUAUGAUGCCCAGACCAUCUAGUUCUUCCAAGGAUACCGCGAAAUACAAACGUAGAGACAGUCCAGCGCCUCCACCCAGAUUAUAUGGGGGGUAUAGCGAGUCAUCCGAUGAAAUUCUUAGGGGUUUGCCAAAAAGUGAGCCAAAAAAUCUUUGCAACGAAUGUCCCUUAUUCACAGACGACGAUGUCCAGGCUUUUGAAACUGGCGCUAAUAAAGCCCUGGAACGUUUAAAACUUUGGAAAGGAGCUCCAAAUAGCUUGAACUUUUUCACAACCUGCCUGGACAUAAGCCACCAGGACUCGGGUUCACAGGAAUGGCAGGAUUUGGACAAACAACUAGAGCACGAAAUUAUUCGGUGGGUUCGACGCGAAUCGAAGAAGAAAGUUAGGAGGAGCCGAAGCACGGUCGACCAGGAAUCGAAUCUCUUCGAGGCAAGCGGAGAAUUGAGGUGUUGGGAGAAGCUGAAGGAACUCUGCAAGCUACACGGCCCUAGAAAAAUCGCUCCGGAUGUCCUUCGUAAAGUCACCAAGGCCAUGGACGAAAAGUGCCAUCAGUUGAAGAAGGAGAUCUACUCGGUCAAUGGGGAGCGCGCGAACUUCUCUGAGUAA